AUGGCGACCACGGCCACCACGAAUGGCGCUCAGCAAGCCUUUGCGCCAGUGCUCUCAGCGCUGGCAACAAUGUCGAGCAAUGCAGAUCGCUCCCAGAAGAGUCAGGCACAUACGUUCUUGGAGCAGUUUCAAAAAUCGUCUGAGGCAUGGACAUCGACAUUUGCGAUCUUGCAGUCAACCGGGUCCACCGAUGAGGCGAAGCUGUUCGCGGCGACAACUUUGAAGGGAAAGAUAGUCUUCGAUUUUCACCAACUACCCAAGGAGUCUCUUGCACAAUUGCGGGACACGCUCGUCUCCGUUCUCGCAACGUACGCCAAAGGACCGAAGCCCAUCCGGACACAGCUGUGUGUAUGUCUGGCCAACCUGGCCAUCCUGAUGCUGGAGUGGAAGGACGUACUGUCCACAGUGGUUGCAGCACUGGGCAGCGACCCAACUGGGACAGCAUGUAUUCUGGAAUUUCUCCACGUCUUGCCAGAGGAAGUGACAGAGGGACGGAAGAUCAAUCUGACAGAGGAUGAUUUGCGUAGUCGUCAAGAGGAGUUACUGGAGCAGAACGGGCAAUACGUUUUGCGCCUACUGGUACAAUACGCACAAUCGUCACCCGAGGCGUCGAAGAAUCCCCAACUCAUGGAGUGUAUCACAUCCUGGAUCCGGGAGGUGCCUUUGAACGACAUCGUCAACUCUCCGCUCAUGGACGUUGUCAUGGCUGCAAUUCAUUCCGACACGUCCUUCGAUGCUGCGGUGGAAACUCUGUGCGCAAUAUUCAAGGAGACAAGAGAUGUGGAUGAGAACAUGAAUACCAUAAAAGUGCUCUACCCUCGGCUUGCGACUUUGGGUGCCCGAAUCAAAACAUGUGCGGAGGAAGAAGACUGGGAGACAUACAAAGGAGUGACCCGUGUCUUUGCCGAAGCAGGAGAGGCGUGGGUCAUCUUGAUCGCGCGGCAACCGAAAGACUUUCGCGGUCUCGUCGAAGCCGUCCUUGAAUGCUGCAUUCAUGACAAGGAACGGGAAGCACUGUCACAAACCUUCAAUUUCUGGUUCGAGCUCAAGCAGUACAUCACACUUGAGCGUUACAUGGAAGCAAGAUUACAAUUCGUGGACGUCUACUCAAAGCUCGUGGACAUUAUGAUUCACCAUCUGCAAUACCCACUGCCUGAGAACGGCAACGAUGCGGACCUCUUCGACGGCGACCGAGAAGCGGAGGAUCGCUUCAGAGAAUUUCGCCACCAACUUGGCGAUGUGCUGAAGGACUGCUGCGAGGUCAUUGGUGUCACCGAUUGUCUGCAAAAGAGUUUCGUCUUGAUCGAGGCUUGGGUGACUCAAUAUGGUGGACAGGCCAGCACGGGCAACGUGCCCAACUGGCAGUCCCUCGAGGCUCCUCUGUUUAGCAUGCGGGCGAUGGGCCGUCAAGUACCGCCCGAUGAGAAUAUCAUGCUUCCUCGACUCAUCCCUCUGAUCGUACAGAUUCCUGAUCAAGAAAAGGUCCGCUUUCAAGCCGUCAUGGCGCUGGGGAGAUAUACCGAAUGGACGUCACAGCAUCCCGAGACACUUCAAGAUCAGUUGAACUUCAUCAUGGCUGCAUUCCAGCAUCCCUCGAAGGAGGUUGUGCGGGCCGCUGCGCUGAGUUUCAAGUUCUUCUGCAACGACUGCGCGGACUUACUCAAGGGCUUUAUGCCACAGCUUCAGCAGUUCUACCAGGCCAACCUCGACGCUCUGCCAUCGACGAGCCAAGAGGAGAUUACGGAAGGCGUCGCAUCUGUCCUGGCAAAGCAACCUCUGGACACUCUCCAUCAGUCGAUGAAACUCUGCUGUGAUCCAAUCAUGAACAAGCUCAUUGCCAUGGCCCAGGCUGCGACCGACAAGGAGCAGAAAAUCGCGAUCGCAGAUCACCUCAAUCUUCUCACAAUAGUCGUGCAAUGGGUGACGCCUUACGUGGAGCCAUCGAAGCCGCACCCAGCAGUUCAGUACAUCCAGGAGGCGUUCCCGAUCCUCGCCCAACUUUGUGAGGCAUUCAUCGACUUUGUGCCGAUUGUUGAGAGGGUCUGCAGAUGCUGGCGGUACAUCGUCCUCUCGUACCGCAUUCAUACCGCACCUCUAUUACCGCAACUCGCUGAGAAGCUUGCCGCAGGCUUCACGGCUAGUCGCCAAGGUUGCUUCCUUUGGGCCACGGACAGUAUUGUGCGCGAGUUCUCGGACGUUUCUGAUUACGUCUCGCGAGAGACCACGGAUCACAUCUACGUCUUCUAUGAGCAACAAGCUACAGCAUUCCUGCGCAUACUCAAUGAACUCGCGCCCGAAGAGCUUCCUGAUGUCAUCGAGGACUUCUUCCGACUUUCCACUGAUGUGAUCCUCUACCACCCGAACAAGAUCGUCGCUUCGCCGCUCAUGGCACCUAUCCUCAAUGCAGCAUCCACAUCCCUCACCUUGCUAAAAGAAGAACCCCUGAUCGCCACACUCCACUUCCUCCGGGACUUCCUCGCAUAUGGCGGCGAAGACGGACCCUCGCCAGACUUCGAUGCAAACGAUGGAACCUACAAGAACCAACCCAACCCACCACAAAUCCAAGCCGCGGCAAAGGCGCUCAUUGCGACGGAAGGCGAGAAUCUGGUACAGCGCUGCAUGACUGGCAUGAUGUACACUUUCCCUCCCGACUGCUUUCCCGAUGCAUCUGGUGUCCUCCUAGCAAUGUUCCAGGUCAUGCCAAGUGAAGUCGCGCAAUGGGUGGCCAAGACAGUGCAAAUGCUCCCACAAGGCUCGAUCGCACCACAGGAGCAGGAACGACUAUUGCGGAAUAUCCAACAACGCAUCGAAAGCGACGAGCUUCGCAAGAUUAGGAGUCUGCUGCAGGACUUCACAAACAGCUAUCGUCGACGCAACGUGGCGCCACGAGAGGGGUUAGGACGAUUGGAAGCAACGAAGUUCAAGUUUACGGGAUGAUGAUGAUAGAG